AUGAUACGUCGAUGGGCGAGUCGUCCCAAACUGUUGAUGUGUUGUUGCUGCCACUGUGUCGCUCGCAAGAGAAAAUCAAGCAGUCUUAUCACACUGGUAUGCACCGGCUUCCUCGUUCUGGCAGUGACCACAGUUCUCAUCAGCUGCCUCGGUCUUUUGUUCGCUAGCCACACAAGUGCCGGGGUUGUAGUCGACGAAUAUGGAGACGGUGGUCGGCGGAGGCGAGAUUCGAUCGAUACAGGCACCCGAAGACAGACACAUGCUUAUAACCAUAGUGUUCCCAUUGAUGGCAGUGGUAAUCACGACGCUACGAAGCUGACAGCCUCUCCCGGCAGUGGGAUAAGGUUUUGGGCGGCCGCCGCCGCAGUUCAAAGUGCCGUCCACCACAUUAGCAAUCUAGCCUUGAGCACUCUUAACGAGCCGGCCAACGGCACACAGAAACAGAACAGCAGUGAAUAUCCUCUAAACAGGACCGGCCAAGAAGCGACAACUUCAGCCCGACCCUCUGAAAGAUACCAGUUUUUCAGUCCGGUUGAAGCCAAAGCGAUCUACAAAGCCGUCGACUCUAAUGCUAUCAUCAAACUUCUGAUGACCAAAACUCGAACGUUGUGCGAUGGUCACUUGAAUUUAUACGGCAGUUGUUUGGUUGAGCUUCUUAAUGUCACCAUCGUCCGCAGAUACGCAACCAAUGUGAGGGGCGGGGAAAAACUGGAGUCUGUCCUCGGGCAGAAAGAAAAAAUGGAGUAUUUCUCUGUGACUCGUGGUUUUUACAGCAUGUCUCUUUGCAGCGACGGUGAUCUAAGAACGGCUUCGGGCGUUGCGGAUAAGUAUUUGAGGCCAUGGGUUAAAUCUAUCAAAACUGGUGGGAAUCUGACCAGCGAUGACGGACAUCCUCCUGCUUAUUGGGCCGGGUUAUCCAUUACAAUUGUCCGCAAUGAAUACGCAAACCUCUAUUGGACGCUAAUUGAUAUCUAUGAUAUAUUUUUACUGGCCCAUGGCUUUCUCGUCCGGCCUCAAUAUGUGACAGUUAUUAUCAUGGACGCCCACCCACAGGGCUUACUAGAUCCCCUCUGGAGUCUUGUCUUCGGAAAGGUGGUACGUUUUAAAGAAUUACCUCCUGCCGUGACAUUCAAGCAGAUGGUUUGGUCGAUGCAUCGAAGUAAAGGUCCCUUGGCGCAUAUAAUCUCAGCCUAUCAGCUGCGUGUCCCUUUUCUCGAGGAUCUUCGCGAUGUCAUUCAAAAGAAGCUGCACGUUGUUCAAUCUACUGCAUCUGUUCAAAACAAGUGCGCCACCAACUCCAGUCUAAACAUUCUUUUCGUUCUCCGAAGGGACUAUGUUGCACAUGCGCGCAACCCGACGGGCAAGAUAUUGCGCAAACUUUCAAACGAACAAGAAAUCCUCCAAGCGGUCACCGACGCCUACCGAACCCACUCAGUGGCUGGUCUUCAGCUGGAAACUGUCAGCAUCGAUGACCAGAUCCGGAACAUUUCAAACACGGACAUCUUGAUUGGUGUCCACGGGGCUGGACUGGCCCACGUUAUUUUUCAACAGGUCGGCCGCGCCGUAAUCGAGAUUUUUCCUAGUGCCUAUGGAAUUUAUAAGAACGACCAUUUCGAGCGUCUUGCCCGCUGGAGUGGCGUGCAUUACUUGAAGUUUCAUAAUGUCAACCAGAGAUUACAGGAUAGACGUGCCGAAUUCAUUCGUUUACAGCCACGGACGAUCAUUGUACUCAUUAAAAACGCCAUAUCGCUAAUCUGUAAGCAGUUUAAUUUGUAA